AUGCGAUGUCUGAUACCUGAUAACGGCGUGCAUCUGGAGCAUAUUCCAAAACUCACUAUCUUUAUGAGUUGUAAAAAUCGAUGGUAUAAAUAUCUCUUCGCCAAGUACGGACCUGCUCAAACAACUAGAAUCUGGACAUAUAUUCGACUAUGACGACCAAUCAAGACCUCGUUUACGUAACAACAUCCAUACCUAAGAGCUCUGGAAGCGAGCAACUCGCACGACUAGCUUUGAAGUUCCGCGAAUUCAAGAUCCAUGCGCUUAAGACGGACCCUAAAGCGUUCUCAUCUGAGUUGGACAUUGAGUCACAGCUCCCACAAUCAACAUGGGUUGAGAGAAUCACCGAACCGGGCACAUCGAUUUUGAUCUGCGUCGCAAUGUCGACGGACACAGCAAAGCAAGCAUCGGAAGAUAGAGCAAGCCAGUUGAAGAUGCUGCUAGACGGUGACUGGGCAGGGAUGUUCACCAUAAUUGGCCCAGUCCCACGGGACAACUACAUCUUCCCCGAGUCCGGCCAACCGGCACCAGGUCCCGAAGGCUCUGAGACGCGCUGGCAACUCACCGGCCUAUUUACUCUACCUGGGUAUCGUGGUUGCGGUAUUGCGAAACGACUUACCGAGACGGCAAUCCAUUUCGGAAAACUCACGUCUACCAAGAUGGAAAAAGCAUGUGGACAUAAAGUGCACACGCGCAUAAGACUGAUCGUACAUUGUCACAACACCGGCGUUGUUAACAUGUAUGAAAAGUUUGGGUUUGUGGACAAUGGAAGGGUGACGUUAGCCGAAGCUUGUAUUGCAAACAAGGCUGCGGAUAUGAUACCAAUUGAUGCUGAUCCGGAGAAGUGGCACAGCAGGCUCGGCAUCGCCAUGGAAUACUUGGUGUAGCGACAUUGGCUUCUCUUCAUAUGAUCACACAUUCUUUCAACAUAGUCAUGGGAGCAUAUCGUUUAUAGCAGGAAUUGGCUCUCGCCAAUAACACUAUGUGGACCAUUCGGCUUUUGGUUGACAAAUGCGAAGCUUAGAAGUCGCAAGACGCUGUAUACUUAUAAGACCAACACGUCAGCUGAAUCUCGCUCGAGCCUCGGUGCAAGGGAAUGGCGGUGUGCUUGUCCUUGUGAUGGGCUGGAGCCUAGUAGGCAAAUCCUCGAUGAUAUCUUAGUCACGUGCGCAAGCGCACGGCUUGCGACUAUACGCAUCUAAACAACGCUUAAGCUAAACCUCUAUACUCUAGCU